AAAGUUCAAACCAUAAACAAACAUUAUAGUGGAAAUAGAGACAAGAGUUUAGGAGUUUAAAUAGUGCCAGGCUGAAAGAAGAAAUCUACUCACAGAGCAACAGAGAGCUCACACAGGACCCCACUAUGGGUAUCCUGAUUUUUGUUCUCCAGACGGUCCUGUGUAUUCUGACUCUGCCCCUUCACCUGCUUGCCCUAUUCGGCUACUGGCAACCUAUAUGGAGUAAGUACUUUCCCUAUUUCAUGGCGACGCUGACUCCCAGGGCCAACCAGAAGAUAGGGGGUAAGAAACGGGAACUCUUUAGCCAGAUAAAGAAGUUGGCUGGAGCCUCUAGGAAGGUGACUUUGCUAGAACUCGGCUGCGGCACGGGUGCCAACUUUGAGUUCUACCCAGCCGGCUGCAGGGUCACCUGCAUAGAUCCCAACCCCCACUUUAAGAAGUUCCUGAUGGAGAGUAUGACCAAAAACAAGCACCUUCAAUAUGAAGAGUUUCUAGUGGCUCCAGGAGAGGACAUGAGGCAAGUGGCUGAUGAAUCCAUGGAUGUGGUGGUCUGCACCCUGGUCCUGUGCACAGUCCAGAGCCCAAAGAAGGUCCUACAGGAAGUCCAGAGGGUGCUAAGGCCGGGAGGCAUCUUCUUUUUUUGGGAACAUGUGGCUGAGCCCCCUGGAAGUUGGGCCUUGAUGUGGCAGCAGGUGGCCGAGCCCACUUGGAAGCACAUUGGCGAUGGCUGCUAUCUCACCAGGGAGACCUGGAAAGAGCUGGAGAGAGCCAAGUUUUCUGAACUACAACUAGAAUGGCAACCCCCUCCCACCAAGUGGCUACCGAUUGGUCCCCACAUCAUGGGACUGGCUGUGAAAUGAUCUUAGGGCACCAAGCGACCAACUGGAUUAUUCUGUGCCUCUCUUUGCCCACCUGGCCUGUUCUCUGUCUUACAGAGAGGACCCCACAGAAGGAGAUGCCAUGACCUUUCAUUCUCUAUGCUCACUUCCCGUUUCUCCUUCCUUAACUGGGCCUCCUCACUUCUCCUUCCCUCUCUGCUGCUAUCUCACCAAGCCCCCUGGUCCUCUUCAACACCCCCUCCCAAUAAUCCCUCCUGCGGCUCGACCUCAAGACCUCUGCGCCUCUUCAUCUGAUCAGUUCUUCAGGAACUGAUCCCUAUAAUGAAGUGUAGACCUAUCUAUACAUAUCUCUCUCCUUUCUUCUUCUCUCCCCUCUCUCUCCUCUCUUUCAUCUUCCUCUCCUCUCUCCAGGCUGCUAUUUCAAUCUUCCUUCCUCCCACCCAGAUUUCCUCUCCUCUCCCCAGCCCCAACCUUACUCAUGUCAUCUCUCCCCUAUCUCCCUAAUAAAGCCUGUGUCCAGAAA